AUGAUGAUAUUUGAGAUUCAUUUGUUGUCCGGAAUGAGCACUGGUGUCACUAUUAAUCAGGUAAAAAACAUUGCGUCGGGUUUGUCGAAGUGUUUAGCACACAUAUUUUCAGGUGCUCGCAACAACUUGGAAACAGUAACUUCAUCGAAUUCAUCACCUGAAGACGAAGAAGGCGAAGUGAUGGACCGUAACCAAACAACCACCUCCGAAUCAAUGGGUGAUCGCUUGCAUAAGAGUCUGAUCAAAUCAAUCAAAAAAGUGCAAAGAGAAAUACGAAAAAGACAGCGAACCAAAGCUUACAGAAAAAGAGGAAGAAAAGGAGGACCUCGUUAUGAAGAAGACAAAGUGGAGAGCGCUGACCUAAUAUCACUUAACGAUCCACUUAUUCGACAAAUACGCAACAGUCUGAUCGGAACCAUCAAAUAUCUGCAAUUUAGACAGUCGGCUCGCAACAAUUCGGGAACAGUCAAUUCCACCGAGAAAUUCAUCUUCACUCCGGAAACGGACAAUUCCACUGAGAGAUUCAUCUGCAAUCCGGAAAUAGUCAAUUCUACCGAGACAUUCAUCUGCAAUCCGGAAACAAUCAAUUCUACCGAGAGUAUCAUCCACAGUCUGGGAACACUCAAUCCCAACGAUCUAUUGAUUCGACUGAUACGUGAUAGUCUGAUGGGUGCAAUCGAAAUUAUUCAAGACGAACACUUUGAUGAUGGAGUCAAUUCAACUGUGAGAUUCAUCUGCAAUCCGGAAACGCUUAAUUCUACCGGAAGAUUCAUCUGCAAUCCAGAAAUAGUCAAUUCUACGGAGACAUUCAUCUGCAAUCCAGAAACAGUCAAUUCUACGGAGACAUUCAUCUGCAAUCCAGAAACAGUCAAUUCUACCGAGACAUUUGUCCGCAGAUCGGAAACAAUCAAUUCUGCUGAGAGACUCACCUGCGAUCCGAAAACAAUCAAUUCUGCCGAGAGCUUCAUCUGCAAUCCGGAAACAAUGGAUCUGUCGAGAGAUUCAUCUGCAAUCCGGAAACAAUCAAUUCUGCCGAGAGAUUCAUCUGCAAUCCGGAAAUAG